GUAAAAAAGACAAAAAGGAAAAAAAAUACAGAAGACAGAGGAACAAUUUAACACAUUGGGGAUAAAUCUGCAAAAACCAGAAUGUUUUGCUCUACAUGAAAAUCUGGCUUCUUCAACAAAUAAAUUGCAACAAAUAAACUGCAAGGAAGAGAGAUAGAAAGGGGUACCUAAAAAAGAUUUAAGAAACAGUCUAAAUGAUACAUACAUAGAUCUGUUUGUGUUCAUGACUUGAACUAAUCAUCUAUUAAAAUUGUUAAACAAUUAGGAAAAUUUGAACACUGACUGGAUACUUGAUGAUGUUUAAGAAUAAUUGUUAUUUGUUUUUAGGUCUGAUAAUGGUAUGUGGUUAUAUUAAAGAGUCACUCUCUUUUUGAAAGAUAUAUUCAGAUAUUUACAGAUGAGAUUUUAUGUCUGGGAUUUGGUUCAAAAUAACCCAGUGUUGGUGGCAAUGGGAAGUAAAUAUAGAUAAAACAAGAUUGGUCCUGAGUUGAUCAUUGCUGAAGCUGGAUGAUGAGUACAUGAGGCUUUAUUACUAAUUUUUCUACUUUUGGAUAUGUUUGGAAAUUUUCAUUAUAAAAACAUGAAAGAAAAAAGAGUCUUGGUUAUUCUAAUUAAGUUUAUUGCUUUGUUUUCUAGUUCAUUGAUUUGUGCUUUGGUCUUUAAAAAAUUCUUCCCCUCUUUGGCUUUAUCUUUCUGUACUUAUUCUAGGUUCUUUUAGUACUUUUUUGUGUAUUUUCCAAUAUUUUCUUGUUUGCUAGUAAAUACAUUUAAGAUAUAAAUAUUCCAAAAAACACUUUGGCCACCCAGCACAGUUUUCUUAUGUAGUGCAUUCUCUUGUUCAUUUCUAAACAGUCUGUGAUUUCUGUUUAGAACUGGUUAUAUUUUAGUGACAAAGGGAUAAUCAAGUUAGGAGAUUUAGGGCAAUAAAUAUCUAUAGCAAAGCUGGAGAAUUGGAAGGAAGCAAUUUUAAUUUUUUGACUGUUUCCUCUCAUAUUUUUACCUUUACUGUCAUCAGAUCUUCUCAGGAACUCUAUACAACAUUCUAGUUCUGAGGCACAAUUCUCUAUUCUAUUUCAGGUUGCCAUAGCCUUCGGCUUAAAGAGGACCAUGAUGAUAUUGAAGGAAGGAUCAUUUCUGUGGUACCUCUAUCUGGACAAAAUAUACUGCUUACUAUCUGUGAGAAACGUGAAGGCCUUGGUGGAAUAUUUCCAUAUACUUGAUGUGCACCACAAGAACACCUUGAAUGAUGUGCUGUUCUAUCACUUCCUUCAUCAUGUGACUAACUUGAACAGGACACAGAUCAUGAUUUUGUUUGACAUACUGGACUGGAAUGCUGUGGGUGAAAUUGGCUUUGACCAGUUCUACAUGUUGGUUUGCAUUCUGCUCUCACACCAGGACCAUUUGGAAGGGCAAUUUAUGUAUCGCCAUUCCCGGCCUGUUUUUGACCUGCUUGACCUAGAUGGGGAUCUGAAAAUCGGUGUAGACAACUUCCACAUGUUCAGAUUUCUCUUCAAUAUUAAUAAACAGGAACUCAGAGAGCUCUUCCAUGACUUUGACAUCACAGGUGACCGUCGUCUUAAUUACAAGGAAUUUAAGCUGUAUACUAUCUUCUCCUUUGACAAAUCCCAGGAGAGGCAGAAGCAGCAAAAGAAAAAGAGAAAUCUCUGCUCAUACAGAAAAUGUCACCUCAAGUUGAUUGGAGCCAAAUGA